AUGUCAUAUUCCCACAACUAAACAGUAACACAACUCAUAGCGGACUCCACGAGACCAAACACUCUCCUCUAUAUAAACCUCAGUCAGCCUGAGCCAGCCACCAACUCCCAAACAAAAAAAAGUGCGACAAAAACAAAGAAAUUUAUUUCUUUUUUAUCAAACACCUUCGCGAUCUCAAAUCAUUCGAUCAUCUCUAGCCAUGGCCGCCUGUACAAGUUUUGCAAAGCUUAACGCAGCUUCUUCUACCUGGAUCGGCCAGCAGUCGUUCAAUCCGUCGCCUCGAUCUUCCUCCUCAGCUCGUCGAGUCUCUUUUCCUGUUCGCGCCAGCGCUUAUAAGGAUGAGCUCGUUAAAACCGCUAAAACUAUAGCCUCACCUGGGCGUGGAAUCCUUGCCAUCGAUGAAUCGAAUGCAACUUGUGGGAAGAGGUUGGCAUCUAUUGGUUUAGAAAACAAUGAGGUCAACAGACAAGCGUAUAGGCAACUGUUGUUGACCACUCCUGGUCUUGGUGAAUAUAUUUCGGGUUCGAUUCUUUUUGAGGAAACUCUUUACCAGUCUACAACUGAUGGAAAGAAGUUUGUAGAUUGCUUAAAUGAUCAGAACAUUGUUCCUGGUAUCAAAGUUGACAAGGGUUUGGUGCCUCUUCCAGGAUCAAACAAUGAAUCCUGGUGCCAAGGUUUGGAUGGAUUGGCUUCAAGAUCUGCCGAGUACUACAAGCAAGGUGCUCGUUUUGCUAAGUGGAGGACAGUUGUUAGCAUUCCUUGUGGCCCUUCUGCUUUGGCUGUUAAGGAAGCUGCUUGGGGACUUGCUCGGUAUGCUGCCAUUUCUCAGGACAAUGGUCUUGUACCCAUUGUUGAACCCGAGAUUCUUCUCGAUGGGGACCACGGGAUUGACAGAACUCUCGAAGUUGCAGAGAAGGUCUGGGCUGAAGUCUUUUUCUACUUGGCCCAGAACAAUGUCAUGUUCGAAGGUAUCCUGCUUAAGCCUAGCAUGGUAACACCAGGAGCUGAACACAAAGAGAAGGCCUCUGCUGAAACCAUUGCCAAAUACACACUCACAAUGCUCAAAAGAAGAGUACCACCUGCAGUUCCUGGAAUUAUGUUUUUGUCUGGAGGACAAUCAGAAGUUGAAGCGACUCUUAAUCUCAACGCAAUGAACCAGAGCCCAAACCCUUGGCAUGUGUCGUUUUCAUAUGCACGUGCACUGCAGAACACCGUGCUUAAGACAUGGCAAGGACGCCCCGAGAACGUGGAAGCUGCAAAGAUGUCACUUUUGGUACGUGCCAAGGCAAACUCCCUUGCCCAGCUAGGAAAAUAUUCCGCUGAGGGUGAAAACGAGGAAGCAAAGAAGGGAAUGUUCGUCAAGGGCUACACCUACUAAGCGUAUGUCCUUGAACAGAUAUGCUUUACGGCAUUUUCUUGAAGUGUAUGUCAAAUUUUCUAUCGGUUUUUACAUGUUUUUGUUAGGUUGGAUUGCUGAGGAAAAAUGUAGCGUUAGAUAAGCUUCUUAAUUUUCCCCUAUAAACUUAUUCCGAAGACGACAGGUUUGAAUAAUAAUAGCUGCGGGAACAAAAGUUUUCCGAACUGUGAUCCAGAAAGAGGUUGGAUUAGUGAGAAAGAGUAUGUGUAUUCCUGUCUUUAUAUAAAUUAUGGUCGAAAUUUUAUACAUGAAACUGUGUUUCAUAGUUCUUUGCA